AGACGUUGCCGUGUUAAGACCAAAAGCGGAAAAAUACACAGCAAAUAAAUGAUAUAAGCCGUGAAGCGUUCUUUAAGUAUUAGUAAGUGUACAUAUAUGUAUAUAUACAUACAUAUAUGAAAUUGCUUGUAUGUUUAGUAGAUAGUGCAAGAAUAUAACUUACAAAGCUAUGUUUGCAUUUACAAAGAAGCACGAGAAGAAUUAAUAGUGAGAGAUUUUAUGGCGAAAAGCAAAUGAUAUGGAUUGAAAAAAUAUUAAAGAAGAAAAGAUAACGCUAGGGGGGGAAAAUAAUAGUUUAUAAAGUUCAUACAUAUUUUCAUAUUUCUGCCAAUAGUGGAAAGUUUUUUGUGCUACUGCUUAACAAAAAAAAACUGAUAACCAAUACCAGCUAUAAGGACUUUAAGUACGAGUAUAACAUAAGUGCUGGAAAGUAUGCUACACUUUUUGAAAACUUAAAAAAAAUAAUAUAUUAUACAUUUGUACAUAUAUACUCAAGUGCUUGCGUGAAAGUUUAGUGCUGUGGAGUUUAAUAUUUGAAGAAUAUUUCAGUCGCGUAUUUCAAAACAAUUUUAAAAAAUAUUUGUAGAAAUUUUAAAACAAACAUAUACAUACGAGCUCGAAUACACACAUCUAUUUGAAAUGUGUUAGUGUUUACAUAUUAAAUCACAUUUGCAGUGCAUACAAAUUUUAAUCACUUUCAAGCGUUUUAAUAAAAAGUUGCCGUUGAGAUAUCAAAAAAAAAAAUUAAUAAUAACUUCAAGAGUAAACAUUUCAACUAGAUUGAAUGAGGAGCAAAGGAAGCUGAACAACGCACAACUCAAACACUGAUAGCGGAAACAAGUGCAGCAAAUUUCUGUGGCAGUUUUUCUCGGUUAGAAAAGUCGAAAGAAAAAGACACAAACAAGAAAAACAAUCUUUGGCCCACAAGCUAGAGAGUACGCCGCAGGCUUUACAUUUGGUUGGGACGCACUGAUAGAUGGCAAGGGCAUGUGGGUAUACCAUGGCGGCAUAAAUAAAGUGGAGAACGGGGAAACAGUAGCAAAUCUAGUAAAAAAAGGGGACAUUGCGAAGUGGUUGGGAACUAACUAGAACAAAGGUAGAUUAACUUUAAAAGCCGGAGAGAAGGAGAGAAAAAAGUAAGCGAGUGUACGCUAAGUGCAGUUUUGUGAACAUUUUUCUGCUAAACUAAAAAAAGGGCAACAACAACAACAAUAUUAAACAUAUGUAAAAAACGAUGUAGUGUAUGCCAGCUGCCAAGCAAAGUGAAAUACGUGAGUCUGAUCAACAGCUGGUUGCAGUGUCGUAUUGAACAGAGACGAGGAGUGAGAAACGCGACAAGCGUGAGCGCUCGUUUGUGCUUCAACUCUUCCACAUACCACCCGAUUUAGUAUGUAGCAGCAAAUUUGACAGUUACAACAUUGUUGCAAUAGAAAACGAGAAGCGGCGAGCGUGCGUGACCGAAAAAAAGCAAACACUGCCAAGGUGCAAGAAGACCAAAAGCGAGUUGAGAAUAGAAAUUUUAAAACAAAAAUAAAUACGAAAUAACAGCAACAACAGUUAGAUGCAAUUGCACAGAGAAAGAGUUAAGAGCCCAACCUGAUUACCGAACGUCAAAAGUCGUAAAGCCAAAAGCUCAAAGGAUAACCGUGAAAGCGCAAACAUCAAGCCUGCUAAGCAUUGCAGCAGUCGUGUAUAUGUAACUGGCACACACGCACGAUAAACGACGCUGAAGGGCAAACCAUUAGAGCGCACAAGCGCGCCAAUCGAGGCAGUCAGUCAACCAACUGUGUGACGUAUUAAAGGGUGAUUUCGCGCUUUACCCACAAAAACAUAGCUGCAUUUAGUCGGUGUGUGAAGUGUUGUGUAUGUGUAUGUGCUUAUACUUGACCUGCUGGAACCGGUCACAGCUGAACUGAACUGAAUUGAACUGAAUUGAGCUGUACUGAACUGAGCUGAAUCGAGUUUUGUAGUGACGUCAUUCAAUUUACUCACGCAAGUAUUGCAAACUCCAGAGGGCUAAACAUUGGCGGCCUAGUUUCACAGCAUACCCAGCAGUUUGCAAGCAGUUGUAUAGGUUAGUCGGUCGGUCGGUCGGUCGUUUGGUCGGUUUUCGUAACGUUCUGAGCUGCGACGCAUCAGCACACUCGGUCGGACCAUUACAUAUAUUACGCCAUAACUUCCAUGCCAAAAACAGCGAGUUAGUGCGUGUGUGCGCAUUUUUUUUUAAUACCAAAGCACUAAGUCUUUUGAGCAGUUAUUCGGGUGAGUCGAGCUCCGCCAGCCAUUCCGUAGUCAAUCAGCUGAGUUUAUUAUUAAACAGUACAUACAGCUCAGCCAAUUAGUCAGCGAGUGUUUGCUAAAUAAAACCUUUGCUGCGCUUUAUUACAACAAAUAUCCCAACCUACUCCUACCAACUAACCACCGUAUCACCUACCACCCACUUCGACGAGCACACUCAAUCUUAUUAAGUAUGGCUCGUACAUUAGCUUUGCAGGCACCCUCGUCGUUGUCAGCGUCGUCGCGACAACAUAGCUUCGCGUCAUCAACAUCAACGCUCAGACUGAGCAGUGGUGACAUCGGUCGUGGUCUAUUCGCCAUAGUUAUACUACUAUUGCGUAUGUCCUCCGUUUAUGGCGUUAUCGACCGUUUGGUGGUGCAGACAUCAAGCGGUCCGGUGCGUGGUCGCUCCGUUACCGUACAGGGUCGCGAAGUGCACGUGUAUACGGGCAUACCAUAUGCCAAGCCACCGUUGGAUGAUUUACGAUUUCGCAAACCGGUGCCAGCGGAACCAUGGCACGGUGUGCUGGAUGCAACUCGACUGCCGGCAACUUGUGUGCAAGAAAGAUAUGAAUAUUUUCCUGGUUUCUCAGGCGAAGAGAUAUGGAAUCCAAAUACAAACGUUUCAGAGGAUUGCUUGUACAUUAAUGUUUGGGCACCAGCGAAAGCGCGUUUAAGGCAUGGACGCGGCGCUAAUGGCGGUGAGCACUCCAAUAAAGCCGACACCGAUCAUUUGAUACAUAACGGAAAUCCGCAAAACACCACAAACGGCUUACCCGUGCUUAUUUGGAUUUAUGGUGGUGGCUUUAUGACCGGCACUGCCACAUUGGACAUUUACAAUGCGGACAUUAUGUCCGCUGUGGGUAAUGUAAUAGUGGCUUCAUUUCAAUAUCGUGUUGGCGCAUUUGGCUUCCUACAUUUAUCGCCCGCCAUGCCUGGCUAUGAGGAGGAGGCACCCGGUAAUGUUGGCUUGUGGGAUCAAGCAUUGGCCAUACGUUGGUUGAAAACGAAUGCACAUGCCUUUGGCGGUAAUCCGGAGUGGAUGACACUGUUUGGUGAAUCGGCUGGUUCGAGUUCGGUGAAUGCGCAGUUGGUGUCGCCAGUGACGGCGGGUCUGGUGAAGCGUGGUAUGAUGCAAUCGGGCACAAUGAAUGCGCCAUGGAGUCAUAUGACGUCAGAGAAGGCAGUAGAAAUCGGCAAAGCCUUAAUCAAUGAUUGCAAUUGCAAUGCGUCACUGUUGGCGGAAAAUCCUCAAGCUGUAAUGGCUUGCAUGCGUGCCGUCGAUGCUAAAACGAUCUCAGUGCAACAAUGGAACUCUUAUUCGGGCAUUUUAAGUUUUCCAUCGGCGCCGACUAUAGAUGGCGCAUUUUUGCCUGACGACCCCAUGAAAAUGAUGGAAACAGCUGAUAUGCGUGGCUAUGACAUCUUGAUGGGCAAUGUGAGAGAUGAAGGCACUUACUUUCUGUUGUACGAUUUUAUUGACUAUUUUGAUAAGGAUGAGGCGACCUCGUUGCCGCGUGAUAAAUAUUUGGAAAUUAUGAACAAUAUUUUUGGCAAAGUAACACAAGCGGAACGCGAGGCCAUCAUUUUUCGGCACACAAGUUGGGUUGGUAACCCUGGCUUAGAGAAUCAACAGCAGAUUGGACGUGCAGUUGGCGAUCACUUCUUCACCUGCCCGACUAAUGAAUAUGCCCAAGUGUUAGCUGAACGAGGAGCUUCUGUGCACUAUUAUUACUUUACACAUCGUACGAGCACAUCACUGUGGGGUGAAUGGAUGGGCGUGCUGCAUGGUGAUGAAAUCGAGUAUUUCUUCGGACAGCCAUUGAAUACAUCGUUGCAGUAUCGGCAGGUCGAACGAGAGCUCGGCAAGCGGAUGCUGAAUGCGGUUAUUGAAUUUGCAAAAACAGGCAAUCCUGCCACAGACGGUGAAGAAUGGCCAAAUUUUACAAAGAAAGAUCCCGUUUAUUAUGUAUUUUCAACAGACGAUAAAGACGAGAAACUACAACGUGGUCCGCUGGAAGGACGUUGCGCAUUCUGGAAUGAAUAUUUGCGUGAAGUCAGAAAAUGGGGAUCGCAAUGUGAUGUCAAACAAUCAUCAGCUUCCACAAUACAACAAAAUAUGCUGCAACAAAAGAUUAUCAUGGCGUUAUUGUUGGCGUUGUCAAUUGUUUUAGGCAUUCCGUCAAUAAAUGCAUUUUUCUAAAACAUAAAUGAGAAGUUAGGAGCGCACAAGUAGCUUCAUUAAAGCAUUAAAUAAAGUACACAAACAAAUAAUACAAUAAAAUAAAAUCCUGCUGUUGGAUAUUUAAAAGUAAGAAAAAGUGAAAACAAUUGUAAUAAAGUUAUUUAUUACUAACUAAACAAACAAAUACAAAACAGCGCAUAGACUACGGCACACAUACACAAACGAAACAUAUACAUAUAAAUAAAAUCUUAUGCAGAAAUGAGCACAAAAAAUUGAAAUUUGUAAUCAGAAUUGUAGGAAGGGUAAUUGAGCGUAAGAUACUGCGUUGAGGUGUCGUAAGGAUAUUAAGUGUCGAUUUCAAUUUGACAUACAAUAUAAUUAACAAUUAGCGAGUUGAAGCUGGAUAGUAUUUGAAAACGCUGCCACACCCACACAAAAGCACAUUUAUACACAUACACACACUUUAGCGCAGCGUUGCACUUCACUCCUGCAAACCCAAAUUUUAUGUAACUUGGCGAAACCAACCCAACUAGAAAAAAAAAGUUUGUUUUUGUACGCCGAAAUGGCCAAUUUAAAUCAUUGAAGGCAAAUUGUGACAAUUGAGAGAAACAAAAAAAAAAAACAAAGAUAUAAAAAUUGGACAACCAUAACUAUAGUUUUUUACAAUCUAAAAAAAUUUUAAAUACGAUGAAAAAUGAAUAAUGAAAAAAGUAAAAUUAUCGACGACGAAAUAAAUUAUCGAAUAUUUGCAAAAUAUUAACGAUUUUAUACCUAAAUCAAUGAGAUUAAGCGAUAAAAAAUUAUUUGUAUCCUUGAAAUAUUUGAGCGCUCAGGUAAGCCUCUCGGCGCUUCAUGGAAUGGCAGAGAUUAAUGGACAAUUUAUGAAAAUAGUUGAAGAUUUCAAACCAAAAUAUUUAAAAAUAGUACGCAAAAAGUUUUUGUUUCUCUAACUAUAUUUAUAUAAAAGCUACGAUGGCCGUGUAAAAGAUGACAGUUUCCAUUGAUUUAGUGUUUUGAAGUUUGCAAGCAUUUUCUUUAAAACUUCUUAGUAUUCACUUGAUUCGACCACAAAAAUAAACAAUUUUAAAGUUUAGUAUUUUUACGUCGUAAAUUCAAAAUACGAUCUAAUAAGCACCGUAGCACCGUAAAAUGGAAACGGAGAGAAUCUGGUAUGGCUAACUUGUGGGCAUAAGUUUUUAAGCUUUGAAAAAUUUCGAUAAUAAAUAUACACCAUGACAGAUUUCGUUUGCAUUAAACUGAAAUAAAAAAAAAAAUUUAAAUAUCUUUCGAGUUUCUUAGGAUGCCAUUAUAUUAUAUUAGAAAACUUUCCUUUAUUUAAGCUUUCGCAUCUGGAAGCUUUCAUAAGUGUACGAUGGGAUUCUUUUUAGCCCAUUUAAGCUCUUAGUGGUAAAUGAAACUUUUAACUAUGAGAACUUUCGUUUGUGAAAUUAUGCAACCAAAUGAGAAUUUUUUUACCAAAGUCUAUAUAAUGCGUAAAAAGAGACUUACCUGGAGCAGACAUUUUUUGAGCCUAUAAAAUUGGCAUAUACCAACAAAUUUGAUGACAUUAAAAAUAUGUUAGCCACUGACAUAAUGGUUAUUUAUAAACAAUGCAAAAAUAUUUAAACCAAAUAAUCAUGGAUUAUUUGAAGCAGCUUUGAAAGUGCAUAUUAUUGAGCUUUUCGUUUAGCACAGUGGCUAUAAAACUGCACCGUAGUACAUUUUUGUCUGAUAUUAUACUGGAACUGUUUAAUUUUAAUUUAAUUUUUUUAUUUACUGUAAGCAUUUGCGCUUGACAUUAAAGGAUUAAGAAGCUUUAACCUUUUUUUAUAUACCAAAUGUUAUUUCCAACAAAUAUUUUGUGCGCAAAUGAGCCUUUAGCCUUUAUUCCAUAUAGCUUUCCCUUCAGCUGUGCUGUAGAAUCUAAAAAAAAAAAUUAAUAAAAAUAAAUAAUAUAUAUAUAAAAUUAUGAAAAAAACGGUAUCAAACUAAAAUAUAAAAAUUAGUAACCUAUUCUUAUGGCUGACAAAUUAAUUGGAUUUUAAUAGUGUAAAAAAAUGAAAAAUUUAAACAUAUAAUUUAAUUAGGAGCAUGUUGCACAUUUGUACAACAAACAUACACACGCAGACAGAAAAUGUUUUAAAAUUAAUUGAAAAUAACACUUUGAUGUA